GAAGAAAUCCAGCUCUUAAAAUGUUAAAAGCGACGCCCUCAUUUCCAUCCCAAUCCCAAACCCAAAUCCCAAUGUCGUCUUUUUCACGUAGAGCAUAAAUUAAAGAAAAGCAGAGCUUUCAUCCAACAUAAAUGUUUAGAACAUCGCGACGAAUCCAGAUUAAACUUUUACUAAGAACAAUAUUAUUCCAUUUGCUUUUUCUAAGUCAGCGGGUCCCCACAUCUCCUCCUCCCUUUUGAUUACCAUUGCAUGCAAACUUAGCCCCUGAUUUGGACUCUUGUCAGUUGUCACUCUCUUGCACACGAUCCCUAAAAGAGCCUCUCCUUGUCUCUGAAGACUUCUUGCACUCACUUCUAGGUGUCGGAAUUUGGGCUUUGGUUUCUGAUUGCCGAUUCUCAGGACAUCUCGAAUCAAACGAAGAAGUUCUUAUGCUGAUUUGGAAACUGGGAGAGCUAAAGACUGUUUUGCGUUAAUGGGAGCUUCAAAUUCUAGAUUAGAAGAAGACAAGAGUCUGCAGCUAUGCCGGGCAAGAAAGAAAUUCAUCAAACAGGCACUUAAUGGCAGGUGUUCUCUUGCAGCAGCUCAUAUUUCAUAUAUAGAGGAACUGAAAAUUGUAGGAGCGGCUUUAAGGAGAUUUGUGGAAUUUGAUGCUCAAGUUGAGCCUUUAGCACAUUCUUCGAGAAGUGCAACUCCAGAACCCCAUUCUUUGAAGUCUGUCUCCCGGUUAUCUUUUUCCUCUCGAUCUUUAUCACAAAAUGUUGAUGCAAUUGCAAAUCUAUCGCCACCUUCUUCAACCCCUGUUUCGACUCAGUUCCAUUCUCAUCAUAUGAAAUUCAGAGGCACAUUUUCCACAAAAGUUGAAGAAAAGCCUCCCGUGCCUUUUGCGGUGUCGGUUUCUUCUACUACUCCUCCUACUGUCACCCCUCGUUCCACUGAAGCACCAGAACCAUCGCCUUUUGAAACUGCUGUCACACCAGAAAACUCACCUUGGGAUUAUUUUGGUCUUUUUCAUCCAAUUGACCAGCAUUUCCCUACACAAGCAGGCCGAGGAUUUGACCAGGGUUCGGAGAACUCUGAUGAGAUAAGUCAUGCAAGGGUAGUGGCAGGGGCUCGUGAAAUAGAUAAUAUGGAAGAUAAAUUAUCAUCUGAUGGAAUAGAAGAUUCACAGAUAUCAGAUGAUGAAUUUGACGAGCCAUCCACUGCUACCCUUGUUCGAAGUUUCAAAAAUGUGAACAGGUCUAUAGAAAAUCUUGUCAAUGAAGAUUCAUCUUCCAUAUCUUCUGAAAAUAGAGUAUCGGAAACCAUGUUUUCAAGUGCUGAAAUUGUGAAGGAAAGAAAAGAAGAUAAUAUCAAUGGAAUUUCACCACCUAGGUCAUCAGAAAUAUCAGAAACCAAGUUAAUGAAUGGCAAGAACAAUAACUCUCCUGAUUUGUCACCCCUACGAGCUGCAUCUUCAAGAUUUGUGCAUUUGAAUGAUGUCAAGAUAACACCAGUGAAACAAACUGAAGUUGAAGAUCAAGUUGUACCGAAGGACUUCCUUUCGAGCAUGAAAACUAUUGACCAGCUUUUUGCUAGAGCAUCUGAAUCAGGAAAAGAAGUUCCAAAGAUGCUUGAAGCAAAUAAAUUCCAUUUCCGGCCAGUUAUACACGGAAAAGAACGUGGUUUAGUUUCAUCAUCAUUACUGAAAUCUUGUUUUUCCUGUGGGGAGGAUCCAAGUCAGGUUCCACAAGAGCUGCCUCAAGAUUCUGUCAAGUACUUGACUUGGCAUCGUACGACAUCGUCUCGGUCUGCUUCAUCUCGGAAUCUUCUUGGUGUGAAUUCCACUGAUGGUGUUGAAGAUCUUAGUAAUAAUCUCUUCGACAACUUCUGUAUGGUCUCCGGAAGCCAUGCAUCAACCUUGGAUAGGCUUUAUGCAUGGGAAAAGAAGCUUUAUGACGAAGUUAAGGCUGGGCAGAUGCUUAAAAGCAAUUUUGAUCAGAAGUGCAGACUUCUUCGACAACAAGAAUCACAAGGAGAGAAUGCUGACAAGACACGUGCUGCAGUCAAAGGACUGCACUCGAGAAUUAGAGUUGCUAUCCAGAGAAUCGACUCCAUCUCAAAGAAGAUUGAAGAGAUUAGAGAUAAAGAGCUUCAACCCCAACUCGAGGAGCUAAUAGAGGGGUUAAGGAAGAUGUGGGAGAUGAUGGUGGAAUGCCACAAGCUUCAACUUCAUACGAUAUCUGUAUCUCAAAUGCCCGGAAGCACGAAAAUCAUUAUACAGUCAGAUUCGCGGAGACAGAUCACCAUCCAUCUCAAGAAUGAACUAAGCUCUCUAUCAUCCAUCUUCACAAAAUGGAUCAGCGCGCAAAAACUGUACGUGGAAUCCAUCAAUAAGUGGCUCGUCAAGUGUGUUUUGCUUCCGCAGAAUAAUCCCAAGAGGAAUAAAAGGAUGAGACCUCUGCCCAUACAAAACACAGGUCCACCAAUAUACAAGAUAUGCGGUGCUUGGUUGGAGAUGAUCGACACGCUCCCUUUUAAAGGAGUUGUCGAUUCUAUCAAGGACUUGGAGGUCGAAGUCGCACACUUUCUCCCUCAUCAAGAGAAGAGCCAGGCGAGUACUGCCAUGUCGAGAGACGAAGUCUCUGAAGACCGCAUACCUGCUCUGGAUCGUUUCAGGACGAGCCUGGCUGGAUUUCUUGGGCAAUUGAACAACUUUGCUGAGUCGUCCCAAGGGAUGUUCUCUGACCUCCAGAAGGCAAUAGAGGACGCUAAGAGCAACUAUGAACAAUUCAAGUCGCAACAGUCAUAGAUAUUGGUCCGAGUUUCUCAGCUCAAGAUUUUGCAAUAGAAUCAAUAGUGAAAAAAAAUAAAAAAAAUCAUACAUACUUUUCUUGGAAGAAAAAAAAGUUCAUACAUACAUAUAGAACUACAGGUUUAGAAGGGGCAUUUGUACAUGUGGUUAUCCAAUAAACUGCAUAGUUUGAAUAUUAUGAAUACCGUUGCUUCACCAAAA